UUCAGACCAGAGAGGUUAGGGUAGAGAUUGGCGAGAGCAGGUUCAGCUAGAAGGAACAGACCGGGGCUCGUGCCGUCCGCGGCGAAGUCGCGACGCGCCUGUGCGCACGAUUCAACUUCGCCUUGUCCAGGGCGAGCGGGACGAAGUUUGUGUGGAGUGCGCAUUUAUUUUCAUUUCACAGAGCGGUGACGUUUAACUUCUCUCACGACUGCUCCUCGUCAAUACAUGUUCACACUCCAAUGUAAUAGAAUGCAUCGCGUGAAGACCCGCUGCUGAUCGGAUAAUCGCCGAGGUGAUCAGCCGUUCGCUGCCGUCGUUCCAAGUCGUGAAACUGUCAUCCGUACGGGGACUCGUCCGUGAACUUGUGCUCGAGCCCACUUGAGCCCGGCGUUUUAAUCUCGCGCGACGUCGGAUAUCUCGUAGGAGAGGACGCCGCGAGCGAGGAUGGUGAAAAUGGCGCUGCAGAUCACGUGCCGGCUCGACAACGUCGAGGAGCUGAGGCCGUGCGAGUCCGGUUUCAGGUGGUGUCUCAAGUUCAAUUGCGGCAACUGCGGCGAGUCGUCAGACAAGUGGAACUGUCCCUGCGCGGACGAGCCGAUACCGGCGCAACGGGGCAGCGGGGUAAAUCACUUCGUGUGCAAGUGCAAGCUCUGCUCCCGCGAGAACUCCAUGGCGAUAAUUGAGGACUCGGUCCAGCCCUUCACGGCGCGGGACCAGGGUGAGUUCAAGACAAUCGUCGUGUUCGACUGCCGGGGCUUAGAGCCGUCCGACUUCGCCGCGAGAGAAGGCUGGACAGUCGAGGCCGCGAACGGUGGCACCGAGUUCAACAAUGUGGACCUGACGGAGGGCGAGUGGGAGGACUACUGCGACAAAAUCAAGGAACCUAUUGGGAUAUACGACAUUCAGCAUAGAUUCAAGAGAAUCAAGUGAGAUCGUACCCUGCCGGACGGGCGUUUCAAUUUCAGUUGUACGAUGGAUCGGUUUCCCUGGUUAAUGAAACGAGGCGACACAUGCUUGUUAUGUAUAAAUGUGUAAAGAUUUGCAUUAGUCUUCAUACCUCUUUUGCUUCUUCUCUCUCUCUCUCUCUCUUUCUCUCUGCACAGAUAGUUAAUAUAUAAAAUAUCUUAAAAUUAUGAGAUUGCCAAAUCUCUAAUGUAGAUUUCAUUGGAUUGAGGAGAUGAAAGUUCAUCUUUCACGUAGAAUUCUGUGACUUUUGUUGGCCUCUGUUGUUUGCGCCUGUAAUUGGUGAACAAGUUGUCUGAUGCCCGUUUCAAUCGAUGCGGAUUAACUUGCUCUGGAUCUCUUUCUAGUUUUACAAAUUAGAAAAAGAUAAAAAGUAAUUUAAAAUUAAUCUGCAUUGGUAGAAACGGACAUCAGAGGAGAUAAUUUAAUUCAGAUUUCAUUUGUCACACGACGAAUAAUAAUUCUGUUACGCCGGUGAGUUAUCCGACACGUUUGCGCAAACAUACAACAGCUUGCAAUAGAAAGGAUCGCUUUGUAAUAAAUAUACAAUCUUUUGUAAUAA